AUGACGACUAUAAAAGGUGAUUUGGUGGUCCUUACACCGCUAAAACAGCAUGCCGAGCAUAAUAUUGUGAAAAUCCAUCGCGAGGAAACAGCGAAAUCGGAUAAAGUUUUAUUGAUUGGAGGUGGACAGCACGCCGGACUAAUUGUGAAUCGAUUCGAUGAGAAAAUUGGCUAUGAAUCCAACGCCGACGUCUCCUUAUCAUUCAGUGUCCAUUUAACCGAUAAAGAACAGAAACAAGUGCAAGAAAAGCGAUCUUUGUACUUCAAGCUUCGCAAAAAUGUCGAUUUGGAUGUGGGACGUAGUGUUGUGCACAAAUUCUUCAGGAAUUUGUUGAGUAAUCUUCCUGCUGAUUAUGCGUCAUUUAUGAAGCGUGCAAUGACACUUCUCCACAAGGAGUACACGGAGAUUGCCGAAGUGAUUAUCGAUUACAAAAUUGUCGACGAAGACGAGCAAGUCGCCAUUCCGGAUGCCACUCAAUAUGAUUCUGGCUCGGAACUCGAAGAAGUGACAAUCGGACACGUCCAAGAAAUUCUGGAGCACGCGUAUCCCAACGGAUUGCCCACUUCAACAAUCUCCGAAUGUUUGAGAUGCUCAAAUGAGGAAACUCUCGAAUUUCUGGAAGAAUUAAAGACGAAUGGAAUUGUUCGAGUGGUUGGAGACGAAUGGAUUCGUGUCGAUACGAAAAAAGUCGAUGAGAGUAUUGAGGCUCAUCGAAAUGCGAAUGCAGCUAGUGCCGCUUCGACGUCGGGCCAAGGUGACCAACCGACUGUCGCUAUCAUUUCGUGUCUAUUCGUCGAGAAACAAGCCGUCGAUGCACUCAUUGAAGAGUCUUCCACUAUUCACAAGUACAAAUCUGGAGGAGAAUCGAAUGUCUAUACACUUGGAAGAAUCGGUUCUCAUCGCGUCGUCGCAACAAAACUGGCCUUGAUUGGUGAUUCUCGUGAAGCGAUCACAUCGGCCGGCUCAAUUACGACACGUCUUCUCGGAAACUUCCAAAAUAUCGAGCACGUCUUCAUUGUAGGCGUUGGAGGGGCGGUCCCUCACUUCACGGACGCUUCACUUCAUGCAAGACUCGGGGACGUCAUUGUGUCGGCAUCGCGCCCACAUCAAUACGUUUAUGCCCAUGAUUUAUUGUUCGAUCGGAUUACUGAACAGAUUACUGGCUUCGCCAUCAGAAAUUGGGAUUCCGAAGACAAAACGAUCGAGAGAAUCGUCGAUACGGGCGGUCAAGAACUGGUUGACUCAUGGAAUUCGGCAACAGAAGAAGCGAUUCGCCUUCUGACGUCAUCAGCUGGAGACGUCGAAUGGAAAGCGCCGCCCGAGUCGACAGACGUGUUGGCAAUGGCCGUCUCGAAGGGAAAUGUCGUCGUGAUGCCACAUCCGAAUGAGAAUCGACAAGGAGGCGCUGAAAUUCAUUUGGGAACUGUUGGAGCGAUGUCUGCUAUGAAAAAGUACGAGAAUGCGAUUGGUGGAGAGGAGGAUACACUUGGACAGAUCCGUGAAUCGUUUGCCGAGUCGUUUGGAGUCCGAUGCAUGGACGCCGGUUUCGAUUCGGUCGUCGGCGCCGUCGUCGGUUCGUGUGUCAGAUCGUGGGCACUGAUUCGUGGAAUCUCCGAUUAUCAUUAUGGACAGAGUCGUGCUGGAAAGAUUUGGCAGGCUCACGCAGCGGCCCGCGCCGCCGGAAUGGUCCGUUGUAUCAUCGAGAAACUGCCGAAAUCCGCUUGA